CAAAAUCGCCAGUGGUAGCCCUAGGAUCGUGCGAGCGGGCAAGAAAAUACGGAGCAUUUCGAACAGAUACGGCUCGAGCCCGCUCAAAGAUGGCCGCGUUCCCGCCACAGCGGAAGCGAAGCGCGCGUGUUUCGGAUAUUUUUGUCAAACCAUCGCCAUAUUGUUUUUAUUGUCUCCAAUAAUCAUAAUUAGAAUUUACAAACAACCAUUUGUUAUACAAACACGAUAUAACAAUUAAAAGUACGCGCACCGAUUACGUAGUCAUGGCGUAGUUUUUUUUAAAGACUUGUGAUUGUGACACUAUGCCACGGAUUUCAGUAUUGUUAUUUGUUAUUUGAAAUUAUCUGAAAUCGAUCUAGCGUAUAGUGACCAGGUUUCUUGUUGUGACGUGCUAAAAAUAAGGAGUUGAAAAACUGUUCGCACUUACUGUGUUUAAAAUUAGUGCAUAUUUUUAAGCUCAUGUGGGAAUUUAAAAGCUACUUAUUGUGUUGUGACUAAUUAACGUAUACUUUCUUCGAUUUGUGAUGUGUUAGUGCUGACGUGUCCUUUGUCUGGAUUUGCAACUAUGGAUAAGCCCUCGUAUAAGCUGGUCGGGGCUCCAUGCGGCCAGCACGGGCAGUACACGUUCUACAAAGCCCUCAGGGUCACGGGGCAGAGGGAGCGCAUCAUCGCCAUCGGGGACUUCUUCUUCGUCAGGAUCUGGCAGGACUCCGAGCUGGUCUCCAUAGGCGAGCUUCAGCUGCUGUGGACGGACCGCGUCUCCGACCAGACCCUGGUCAGCCUGAGGCUGUACUUCCUCCCGGAGAACACUCCUGACGGGCGCCAUCAGCACGGACAGGACGAGGUGCUGGCCAUAAACGACAAGGUGGUGCUGAAGGCCGAGGACCUGCUGUCGUGGGUGUGCGGCGGCGAGGAGUGGCGCUGGGGGCUCCGCGCCGUGUGGCGCGGCGACUGCGCCCCGCCCGCGCAGCCGCGCCGCUCGCAGCCGCUCCACCACACCCGGCUCGACUUUAGCGACGUCGACAAGGAGAAAAACGCCAUCAACGAGGACUCGGACAGCCCCGGCGUGGUAGUUUUCUCAUACCCUCGCUACUGCCGCUACCGGGCGCUCCUCUCCCGGCUCGAGGGCCUCCAGGGGGACUGGCUCAGGGACAGCCUGGUGUGCGCGCUCGGGGGCUACGCGGCGCCCACCAAGAACACCAGGAUACUCUACUGCAAGGACACAUUCGAGUACCCAGAGCUGGAAGGCCACGAGUUCGUCUGCAACCAGCUCGCGCCGAAGCUGAAGGGGCGACCACGGGGUCGGCGCCGGAAACGAGCAUCCAACCACUCUCCGUCCCUCUCCGACAGAUCUAGUGACAGCGACUCGCAGAAACGCGUCGAGCAACCUGCUGAGCUUCAGCCCCCGCGGCGGCUGUCGCUCCGCAACGGCGCGCCCAAAUACAGCGAGGAAGAUGACAAGGAAACCAGCGCCGAGGACAGAGCCUUCAUCGGCCAUCUCAAGCAGUUCUACAAGCAGAGGGGGGAAGCCUUCAAGCCUGCACACUCGCUCAAAGAGCUGUCGCUGAGAGCGCUGUACCACUCCGUGACAAACGCUGGCGGCUACGAAUCGGCCUGCAGGCACAAAUUGUGGCGACAGAUCCACCCCCCUCAGCCCAAUACUGCGCGACGACACUACGAGAGAUUCCUGCUGCCCCUAGAAAAGCACGAAGUGUCCACCGGACUCCGAACGCUACCCAAACUGAACGGCGCCGUCGAACCACCCACAGUCACCAUAGAGCUGGCUGACAGUCGUGAACCCAGUCCCGUGCCCAAAGAAGAAGCGAAGGACUUCAGCGUCACUUCCAAACCUGCUGAGGAACUGAACAGGGAGUUCCUAGACUCCUUACCACCGAAGGAAGAAAAUAAACAUAAGAUGUUAAGAGUCGCAAUAUCAUGGACCCUUGGACCCACAGUCACCAUAGAGCUGGCUGACAGUCGAGAGCCCAGUCCCGUGCCCAAAGAAGCGAAGGACUUCAGCGUCACUUCCAAACCUGCUGAGGAACUGAACAGGGAGUUCCUGGACUCUUUACCACCGAAGGAGGAAACAAAACAUAAGAUGUUAAGAGUCGCAAUAUCAUGGACCCUUGGACCCACAGUCACCAUAGAGCUGGCUGACAGUCGAGAGCCCAGUCCCGUGCCCAAAGAAGCGAAGGACUUCAGCGUCACUUCCAAACCUGCUGAGGAACUGAACAGGGAGUUCCUGGACUCUUUACCACCGAAGGAGGAAACAAAACAUAAGAUGUUAAGAGUCGCAAUAUCAUGGACCCUUGGACCCACAGUCACCAUAGAGCUGGCUGACAGUCGAGAGCCCAGUCCCGUGCCCAAAGAAGCCAAGGACUUCAGCGUCACUUCCAAACCUGCUGAGGAACUGAACAGGGAGUUCCUAGACUCCUUACCGCCCAAGGAAGAAAAUAAAUUGAAGAUAAGCGUGAAACCGGUAGAGAAGCUUCUAGAAGAGCCCAAGAAGGAAAAGCAGGAGCCUCAAGACGCCUUCUACUCCGAACUUAAGGCUAAACUAAAUCUAGGUAAUGCGGACACGAAAUUCUUGAGUGACAUCGCGACGGCGCAGCAGGAGUUGGUGUCUAGCAGCGCGCUCAGUUCCCUCUCGAGUCUCGUCAACGGUCACGCGUUGCCCAAAGACCAGGGCCGGCCUGCUGGCGCCGGAGCGCCACCUGGGGGCGGGGCGCCGGCGCGCAGCUCGCUCCGCGCCGUGCGCGUCAAGCCUGCGCGCGCGCAGCACGGCGCGCCCGCCAGCACGCCGCCCGGAUCCCUGAGGCCGGACUCGGCCUCGUCGUCCCCGCCGGCCUCGUCGGCCCCCGGCCCCGGCCCCGGCCCCGGCCCCGUCACCAACUUCGGCAUCCACCACCCGCCGCCGCCGCCCGCGCACAGCGACGACGAGAUCGUCGAGGUCCCGUACAAACCGAAAACGCCAGAGAUCAUAGACUUGGACGAGUACCCCGAGAGCCCUCAGGCGGUCAAGAAGAAGAAACUGGACCUCCUCAAGGAGCGAGGACUCGAGGUGACCGCGCUCCCCGGCGUCCCCGCCCCCUGGCCCCCCUCCCCCCACCCCUCCCUCCCCUCCCUCACCCCCCUAGUGCUCGCCCCCGCCCAGCACCAGAUCAUGACCCAGGCCCAGCUCUUCCAGAUGUACAACAUCAUCCCCCCCGCCUACCCCAACGGCGUGCCCCCCAAGGUCAUCCAGGCCACCAGCGCUUUCGGAUCCUCGGGCCCCGAGAAAACCGUCUACGGUAACCCCAAGGACCCGUUCAUGCCGCCCCCCCACGUGUUGCUCGGGACCCCUCUGAAAUCGCAGAGAAACAGCGCGGUCGCGGUACCUUCCACCCCGCCGCAGGAUAUACUAGACUUGACCUGCAAGACGACCCCGGGGCAAAAACCCGCCGUAGAAAUUGUGAGAAUCCCGAGCGUCCCCUCCCCCUCUAAAGUGUCCAACCCCGCGCAGAACCUAACGAAAAACUACACCCUAAUAGACGGGAAAGCGGUCGUAGGCUCCAAUUUAGAAAUAACGCUCGUCAACCCCAAGUCCCAGACGCCCCCCAAAUCUAGACAGCAGAAGCGAUCUUCGAACGGCAAGUUCGUUCCUGCUAAAACUCCGACGCCCCCCAAAGAGUAUCCUAAAUCGUACCCCAGCCCCUCCCAGUCCAAGAAACCCCCCAUAGUAGUCCCGAAUUACCAGGUCAAUCAGAGAGACGAUGUUUCCCCAGCAUCAUCCACCGGCUCGGGCAACUCCCAGACGAGUUUGCUCCAAAACAACUUGCUGCAGAACGUUUUUAAAGGCCAAAAUAGCUUGCAGCAGAUGAUGGAUAUGCAGAAAAAUGUUCCUAGCAUGCCGUAUGUAGACCCCAUGUAUAUGAGCGCUUUGUACAGCAGUCUCGCUGGCUCCAUGGAUCAGAGGCAGUUAGCCAUGUACAGGGAUUUCAUGGCAAACCAGUUUAGAGGGUAUUCCGGUCUUUUAGGGGUUACGCCGACAACGAAGAAUUAAUCUAGUCUCUGUGUGAUAAAUUAUAUCGCGCGGUGGUAAAAAUGACAGUGUUUUUAUCUGUGGGGGGAUAAAUUAAGAUUAAGUUUCGUUUUAAACUUGAAACCUGUUUUUGAUUCAUUAGAUAACUAUAUGUAUGAAUGUUGAUGGCCAAAACAAAUUGUAUAUUAUAUAGAUUUAAGGUAGAUAAAUGGGACGUGGGAUGGCGGGAGCGAGAACAGGUUUUAAGGAAUAUUUAAGAAAAAAUUGUCAUUUUUGCCAACUGUCGCGAUCACCUUUUGGCUUAAUCGAGGC